AUGGAAGAGGAGCUGGACAGGGACUACGUGAUCCUCGGAAACGCGCUCAUCAACAUGUACCUGAGGUGUGGAGACGUCGCCAGCGCCUGGAAGUGCUUCCGGAGGAUGCCAGCUCGCGACGAAUCGUCAUGGAACGUCAUGCUCGCGGCUUGCAGCGAUGAUCUUCGGCUGGUCGUGACGAUGGUUGGCGAGAUGCAGCAGCAGGGACUGUCCCCGAGCAAGAUCACGCUGCUGGCGCUCAUCAACUCGUGUGUCACGGCAGCCUCGACGCUCCCGGAGGCCCGGAGAGUUCAUGCCCGCGUGGUGGAGGCCGGGCUGGAGCGUGAGAAAUCCAUCGCAAACGCGCUGGUGGACAUGUACAGCAAGUGUGGCAACUUGGAGGCCGCGAGCAGCGUCUUCUUCUCGAGCCGGCUGUUUGAGCUCGACGACGCUGUCGCGUGGAACGCCCUGGUGCUGGGACACACGCAGCACGGCAGCUGGAACGAGGCUCUGGGAUUGUUCUGGGCGAUGCAGCAGCAAGGAGUGAGUCCCACGGAGGUGAGCUUGGUGGGAGUGCUAGCGUCUCUCAGCCACACCGGGAUGAUCCAGGAAGGGUGCCGAGCCUUUGGAUCGAUGGAGGUGGACUAUGGGAUUGGUGCCGCGGCGGAGCACAGGGGAUGCGUGGUGGAUCUCUUGAGCAAGGUUGGAUGGCUGGAGGAGGCCGAGGAGUUUAUGAGAAGUGGAUGUGGAUCCCGGGAGGAUUGCGUGGGAUGGCUGACGUUGCUGGGGGCUUGUAACUUGCACGGGGACGUGGAGAGAGGAUUGCGAGCAGCGUUUCGGCUUUUGGAGCUGGAUGGUAUCAACAGUGCUGCUCAUGGGAAGAGUUGA